UCGCAGCGCAGCAGGCAAGCACCUGCUCCGAGCGCACUGAGACAUUUUCAGUCGGACUUUCUUCUACAAGUCAAACAACAAACGAGUUCCAGCUACGACCAUGUGGUUCCUUUAAAGCCGCUGAUUCCGGAUAUGUGCCCACGACAAGUCCCGUCGUGAUCGCGGAGGCGCAUGUAAAGGGCCCCGAGGGGCUGAAGCCGGAUUGGAAGCUGCAGGUUGGCAGCGGAGGUUUUUGAGCAGCGGUACUGAGUCUUUCUCUCUCUCUCUCUCUCUCUCUCUCUCUCUCUCUCUCUCUCUCUCUCUCUCUCUCUCUCUCAUUAUCCUGGACGAACAAAAGGGUUGGGACAGGGAGGAAUAGCUGGAGGGAGGGAUGGCUGAAUAACGAGGAGAGAAACACCCACUCCGGACCAAAUUGUAUCCGGAGAGAAAGAGUGAGAGAGAAAGAGUGAGGGAGAGAAAGAGUUAGAAGGAAGAGGAACCAUCCAUCCUAGUAUUCAGAGGAUUUCCUUUGGGGAUAAAAGGACGAACUCGAUUUGAUGACUGGAGAGGUCUAGACUGCUGCUUGUGAGGAUGUUGUCAACGGGUCAAAUGAGGAGGUGCUUGUGGGCUCCACUGGUGUUACUGGCCCUAGUUCCCCAUUCCCCCUCUAAGGCACAAGAUGAGGUUCCAGUUCCAAGGAGGCUGCGUUUCAAAGUGCUGAGCUCAAACAAACUCCUUGUUUCCUGGAAAGAGCCCAAAGGAGAUUUUGACAGCUAUUUAUUCCUCUACAACAGUACACCAGGUGGUCAGCAGAGGGAGAUCAUAAUAUCUAAAUCUGACACAAAGGUGUUGAUAACAGACUACAACCCCACUAAGGACUACACUGUCAGUGUCAUCAGUGUCAGUGGCAGUGAGCAGAGCAGACCUCUUCAGGGCAGACAUAAAGCUGAAAGAGGUGAGGGUGACGGAGAAGACAAGACUGAGCCCGAGAGGCUGUCUGAGUCAGUUGUACCUCCUGAGGAUGCCAACGAGAUCUCUGGAGUUGAUCAGUUUGUGUGCCACACUGAGGCCAUUGCAGACAUUGUGAUCCUAGUGGACGGCUCCUGGAGUAUUGGUCGGCUCAACUUCCGACUGGUCCGCAUGUUCUUGGAAAAUCUGGUCAAUGCCUUUGAUGUUGGCAUCGAUAAAACAAGGAUAGGUCUGGCUCAAUACAGUGGUGAUCCCAGGAUAGAAUGGCAUCUAAAUGCUUUCUCCACGAAAGAUGCCGUCAUUGAUGCCGUUAAGAACCUGCCAUACAAAGGAGGAAACACUCUCACAGGCCUCGCGUUGACCUAUGUCCUGGAGAACUGCUUCAAGCCUGAGUCUGGCUCUCGGGUGGGUAUACCCAAGAUUGGGAUCCUCAUCACAGAUGGGAAGUCCCAGGACGAUGUCAUACCUCCUGCAGAGAGCCUGCGAAAUGCUGGGGUUGAGCUGUUUGCUAUUGGUGUUAAGAAUGCCGAUGAGAAUGAGCUGUUCUCCAUCGCCUCAGAGCCGGACAACACUCACGUCUACAACGUGGCCGACUUCAACAUCAUGAGCUCCAUUGUACAGGGUCUGACCAAGACUGUGUGUGAACAAGUGGAGCUGCAAGACAAGGACAUCAAACAGCAACAGGCACCAGAGCAGACAGGAGCGCCCCUUGAGUUGUUGACAUCAGAAGUCACGGCCAGAAGCUUUAGGGUUUCAUGGAGCCACGCCCCUGGAAACGUAGAGAAAUACAGAGUGGUUUAUCAUCCUGCUAGUGGAGGAGAACCACAGGAGGCUGUAGUGGACGGUAGUGAGACUUCAGCGGUGUUGCAACAUCUCAGCUCUCUCACUGAGUACCAUCUGGCUGUGUUUGCAAUGUACGCAAACGAGGCAAGUGAAGCUCUCAGAGGAUCAGAAACAACCCUGGCUCUUCCCACAGUGACGGCCCUUCAGCUGUUUGAUGUGACUCACAACACAAUGAAAGCAAGAUGGCACAGUGUGGAUGGAGUUUCUGGCUACAUGCUGCUGUAUGCACCCCUUACAGAUGAGGGAGACCUGGACGAGAAGGAGGUCAAGGUGUCGGAUGCAGUGACAGAGCUGGAGUUGGAUGGGUUGACCCCUCGCACUGAAUACACCGUUGCUGUUUAUGCCAUGUAUGGGGAGGAGGCCAGUGACCCUAUUACAAGCCAGGAAACUACAUUACCACUUAGUCAUCCCAGCAACCUCCAGUUCUCUGACAUCACUCAUAACUCUGCUCACAUCAGUUGGGACCCCGUGCCCAGAGGAGUUAAGGGUUACCGCAUCAUGUGGGUCAAGACAGACGGACUAGUCACAAAGGAGGUGGAGGUAGGUCCAGUGAACUUCUAUGACCUCAGCGAGUUGACGUCUCUGAUGGAGUACUCAGUGGCCAUCUUUGCCCUGUAUAAAGAGGGCCAAUCGGAGCCACUCACAGACGGAUUUACUACCACUCCAGUUCCUGGUCCUUUGGAUCUACGCUCCAAUGAUGUUGGCAUAGACAGCUUUCAGGUCAGCUGGGAUCACUCAGCGGAUGACAUCAUCCUCUACAGACUCUCCUGGGCACCGUUCACAGGUGGCGACACAAAGGAGGUGGUCUUGAGUGGAAGUGAUAAUAGAUACACGCUGACCAGUCUGAGUCCGGCGACUGAGUAUGAAGUUAUGUUAACAGCUGUUUUCAAAGAUGAAUCUGAGAGUGACACCGUGUCUGUUAUAGAGACCACAUUGGCCAAGACAACAACGAUUGCUACCACAACCACAGUGGCACGCCUGGCUGUGAGAAACCUUCUGCUGAGUGAUGAGACCACCCAGAGCUUAGAGGCAUCAUGGGAGCUGGAAGACCCCCAUGUGGAAAGCUACAGGGUCUCCUACACUAGCCUCAGGGGCGACCACCAAGAGGAGUCUGAGUUAGUUCCUGGCGGUCAGAGGAGAGCAGUGCUUCAGCCUUUACUGUCAGACACCCAGUACAAAGUGACAGUCACCCCAGUUUACGCUGACGGAAAAGACGGAAUCAGUGUCUCUGCCCUGGGUGCCACAUUGCCCCUCAUGUCUCCCGGAAACCUACGGGUGUCAGAAGAGUGGUACAACCGCUUCAGGGUCACCUGGGAUCCACCUCAGUCUCCCACACUGGGUUAUAGGAUCGUCUACCAGCCCAUCUAUGUUCCAGGACCAGUUCUGGAGACAACAGUGGGUAAAGAUUUGAACUCCAUGCUGCUUCUGAAUCUACUAACUGGGACGGAGUACAGUGUUCAAGUGACGGCUUCCUACCCUACAGGACAAAGUGAACCACUGCUAGUGAAUGCCAAGACAUUGAUCCUUGGUGUCUCUGGCUUGUCAACCUAUCAGGUACGACCCACCAGCCUGUGUGUCCAAUGGCAGCCUCUUCUACAUGCCACAUUAUAUAGAGUCUCCAUACAGUCUACACUCAAUGGUCAGAGGCAGGAAGUGAGCCUGGGAAGUGGUGCUUCCCGACAGUGCUUCUAUGACCUGACUCCCGCUAGCCAGUACCAGAUCAGCGUUCACGCCCAGAUGCAGGAAAUGGAGGGACCUUCUAUCUCCAUCACUGACAUGACUCUGCCAGUUCCCACUCAAGCUCCGACUGAACCCCCCACCACAGAUCCGCCUCCUACCAUCCCACCAGCUAAAGAAGUGUGUAAGGAGGCCAAGGCUGACCUGGCAUUCCUGGUCGAUGGUUCCUGGUCCAUAGGAGAUGACAACUUCAUGAAGAUCACGCGUUUCCUCUACAGCACCAUGGGAUCCCUGGAUUUGAUUGGCCAGGACGGCACCCAGGUGGCCAUUGCUCAGUUCAGUGACGAUGCUCGGACAGAGUUCCAGCUGAGUUCCCAUGGCAACAAGGAAGCGCUGUUGGAAGCUAUUCAGAGGAUCAAAUACAAGGGAGGAAAUACCAAGACAGGUCGGGCCAUCAAACAUGUGAAGGAGACUAUUUUCACCCCAGAGGCCGGAGCUAGAAGGGGCGUUCCUAAAGUCCUGGUUGUUCUCACUGAUGGACGUUCACAAGAUGAUGUCAACAAAGUGUCCAAGGAGAUGCAGAUGGAUGGCUACAUCAUCUUUGCCAUUGGCUUUGCGGACGCAGACUACGGGGAGCUGGUGAAUAUUGCCAGCAAGCCCAGUGAUAGACACGUCUUCUUUGUGGACGAUUUGGAUGCUGUGAAGAAAAUAGAAGAACAGCUCAUUACUUUUGUCUGUGAGGCUGCCACCGCCACUUGUCCCUCAGUUUUGAUGAGUGGUAACACAAUGGCAGGUUUCCGUAUGAUGGAGAUGUUUGGCCUAGUAGAGAAGGAGUACAGCACCAUACCUGGAGUUUCUCUGGAGCCGGGUUCAUUCAACAGCUUCCCCUGUUACAGAUUACACCGUGACGCCAUGGUGUCACAGCCCACCAAGUACCUUCACCCUGAAGGUUUACCCUCUGACUACACCAUUUCUAUGAUGAUCCGUCUACUUCCUGAGACCCCACAGGAGCCCUUUGCAUUGUGGGAAAUCCUCAACAAGGACAACGAGCCAUUGGUGGGACUAAUCCUGGACAACUCUGGAAAGACCCUGACGUUCUUCAACUAUGACUACAAAGGAGACUUCCAGACCGUCACCUUUGAAGGAACUGAAAUCAAAAAAAUCUUCCAUGGCAGUUUCCACAAGCUCCAUGUAACCAUCAGCAAGACGUCUGUGAAGGUGGUGUUAGAUUGUUCUGUGGUCGGGGAGAAAUCCGUCAGGGCUGCUGGCAACAUUACCACUGAUGGAGUGGAGAUCCUCGGAAGGAUGGUGAAUUCCAGAGGCAGACGCGACAACUCUGCUCCAUUUCAGCUCCAGAUGUUUGACAUCAUCUGCAGUACAUUCUGGGCCAGCAGAGAUAAGUGUUGCGAACUGCCAGCAUUAAGAGUUGAGGAACAGUGCCCCUCCAUGCCUCAUGCCUGUACCUGCUCCCAGGAUAGCAAAGGACCUCCGGGACCUUCCGGACCCCCUGGCGGUCCAGGCAUAAGAGGAGCCAGAGGAGACAGAGGAGAACCAGGAGUGGCGGGACCUCAUGGUCCAGUGGGAGAGAACGGCCCUUCUGGACCCCCCGGGCCACCAGGUCCUCAGGGACCCAGUGGUCUCUCUAUUCAGGGGCCCCCGGGUGCUGCUGGGGAGAAGGGAGAUAGAGGAGAGACCGGUCCAGCCGGACAAAUGGGUGUUCCUGGAAGCUCGGGCUCCCCUGGUAGAGACGGCCCACCAGGAGUAAGGGGUCUGCCAGGUAAUAGUGGACCACAGGGACAACAAGGACCUCCUGGACCCCUUGGCUCCCCAGGAGCACCAGGAGCUACAGGACCUGGUGGGCCAGCAGGGCCCCAAGGAGAUCAAGGACUUCCUGGUUCUGCUGGUACCAAAGGCGAUAAGGGAGAAAGAGGUGAUGUGCAAUCACAAGCUGCUGUGCGUGCCAUUGCGCGGCAAGUGUGUGAACAGCUCAUCCAGAGCCACUUGUCUCGCUAUAACUCUAUACUGAACCAGAUCCCUGUCCAGUCAGCUGUGUCAGUCCGAACAGUAACCGGACCACCUGGAGAGCCAGGUAGGAGAGGCCUCCCAGGUGCUCAGGGAGAGCAAGGGCCACCUGGCAGGCCCGGCUUCCCUGGUACCAGCGGCCAGAAUGGACAACCAGGAGAGAGAGGUCUGCCGGGAGAGAAGGGUGAGAGGGGGAAUCCUGGGAUAGGGAGUCAGGGACCUCGAGGACAAUCCGGACCUCCAGGCCCGCCAGGGGAAGGACGGACAGGCAGCCAGGGCCCCCCUGGUCGGCCCGGGAACCCGGGAACACCGGGGAGAUCGGGGAAUCCAGGUGCCUCAGGACCAGCUGGCCCACCAGGAUACUGUGACCAGAACUCCUGUGUGGGGUACAACGUCGGAGUCCAACCCCUGCCUCACGGCGGCUACCAACCCUACAACCAGCCGUACAACCCUGCUGCAGUGGCUUACAACAACAACCAGGGAGGCGAAGAUGAGGAGGUGGAGGAAGAGGAGGAGGAGGAGGAGGAGGAGGAGGGUGGACAGGAAGGGCAGGACCCAUAUUACCGUGGGUACCCCCCUCAGUACUACCCCCAACAGCCCUCACAUCUGGCUCAUGGCCACCAUGGUUACCGCUCGAGCCCCAUCCACUCUGAGGACACGGAGGUGAGGUCACCGGGCGUGGCCAGAAGGUUUUCACGUGACGUCGUCGUCAUGGAGGAGAGUAAAGAGGGAGGACUUUAGAGGAAGGAUGGACUCACCAAAGUGCUUGAGCCCCGCACGCCACAACACACACACACACUAUUCACACAUGGAAACUGUGGUGAGAGCCCCCCGUGUAUCCAGUGGUUUGCUCCAUCUGGUGAAACACUGUAAAUAGCUCUGUGGACUCUUGUAUGAUAUCUCUGUAAAAAGGGGGGUCCGAAAAGUGCCUGAUCUAUGUUAGCAUCGUCCAGUGGUAAUGUAAAGAUAAGACCUGUUUCUUCCCAUCUCACAGCUGAAUUCAGGACUAAACCCUUCUUUUUGUGUAAAGCUGCAUGUCUCCUUUGAGCCAAACAUUGAGUGCGUAACUGGACAUGUGCAUCUUGUUUUGGUUGUAUGUAACUAGCUAUAUUAUUUUACAAUUCAAAUGGAGAACAUUGAGCUGGCAACAUUUGCAUUGUUACAGGCUGCUUUUUAUAACGAUGAAUCACGAUUCCCCACCUUCCAUGCUGUCUUUAUGUCCUUCUUGUCUUCUUGUUCUUGAAGUGAUUUUCUCCGUACAGUACCCCAGUAAGUUUGCUUCUUUUUACCAAAUAUUAUUGGAGUUGAUGUCCCAAAAUGAACUGUAGAAGCAUACUAUUUCUGUUAAAUUUAGUAUUACCUUAACACUGUGGAACACAAUCAAAUGUGUUGCUUUUUUAUUCACAAAGAUCUGACCUCCAACACAUUUUGUCCUGCAAUAUUUCCUUCUGUUGCUACAUAACGAACAAGGUCUAUUCUGGGUUUUAAUACUCAGAUUCUGUGUCGUUUGCCUCGUGUUGUUGCCCCAGUUUGUUUAGUUUAUUGUUCUUAUGCGGUCGGGCCUGAUUACUAUGGAAGCCGCUUGCUCACAGGUUGACCUCUGACCCCACCCCCCCUCUGAAUGAGACCUCCAGUUAUUAUUAAAAGCAGUCAGUUAAACCAAUAAGGACACACAAGUGUAAACUUUAUCCGUCCUGCACUGGAGUCUGAAAAAAGAAGCACUAAAGUAACUAAAAGUUGAGCUGUGAGCUGGCCCAGGUCUAGUUGAGAAGCUGUCCAAAUUAAACAGAUUUAAUAAGGUAUGUGUCUCGCCAGCAAGCCCCUUAGUACAAUAUGAAUUUAUUUAUUUUGUAUUUUUGAUUUUAUAACCAAUAAAUCUGUAAUGAGACUAUUAAAUGUGUUUUAGUUCAUUUUUUCAACUUUAAUGACAUGAAAAGGUCAACCUUAAAUUAACGGUUACAUUAAUGUAAAAAGACUACUUGACAAGAACAGGUUUAUUAAAUAGUUUAUUAGCCUAUUGUACAACUCACAUACACACAAUUGAUUUAUUCUUUAACAAAACUUUUGACAUUUCUUACACACUGAGACAAGACAAACCACACUGAUGGCCUGAAUGUCAUCAUAGUUACCCCAUUGGGGUUUUACUGUGAACCCAGAAACCUUCAAAGGCAGGACUAGGUAACAGAUGUAAUUUUUAUUGGCCAGAUUGGAUCAUUUCAUGGUUGUAUGAGAGGGAAACUCACAGAAUCUGAUUUUCUUUGAUCAGAGAUGAGCCACAGGGUGCAAUCUCAGGCUGUUUCUGGAUAAUUCAGGUCUGCUUUCAAGGGUAAUACGGCUAACAGCGAGGUAUAUUGUGUGUAGAGGAGCACAGAGUUUGAGUUGAUGAUGGCACAAUAUUCGCUUCCCGGUUAUGACUUGUGUCUUCAAACAGAUAACAUCUCAUUGCAAAUCCUACAAAAAGGGCUCUGAUUUUUUUGCAUCAUAAC